AUGUCUUGGAAAGCAAGCUUUCAGCAAGGUAUUUCUAACUUCAAGAGAAACAAACACGCGGAAGCCCUUGUACUCUUUGAUGAAGCCAUUUCGCUCGGCUGUGACUCGUUCAUCGUUUAUGAUUCUCGUGCCGCCGUGCAUGAAAAGCUUGGGAACCAUAAAGCUGCUCUCCUUGACGCGAAGAAAGUUGUGGAUACUGCGCCCGAUCGCUGGCAAGGUUAUGCUCGCUCGGCACGUCUAUUUCAUGCGCUUAACAAGCACGAGGUGGCCAUCAAAAUGAUCGACCUCGCUCUCGAGCGUAUCAAACCAGACGAUGCACAACGUCGUCAAGAACUCAGUGCGCUGAAGUUACAAGCAACUGAUGCCUUAAAGGCUGCUGACGAAAGAAGGCGAGCACACAUUGCAAAGACAGCAUACCACAUCGGCAAGUUACCUGUGGAAAUUUUUGCGGAGAUCUUUGGUUUUGUGGUUGCUGCAGACCAUGCACAGAUUCUCAAGUUGUUACAUGUCUGCAAACAUUGGCGCGGCAUGGCUACUAAGACUCCUUUACUUUGGCAGACGCUGGUGGUUUCGAAGAACCGACCCACCAGAAAGGUACGAUUAUGGAUGGAACGAGCUCAGACACACAUAUCGUACCUCUCUUUUCGCCAUAAUAUAUCGGAAAUGGACUGGCCAUCCAUCCUCUUGGAACUCUCGCCAUUGUCUUGGUGUAGCCUCCGUUCUCUCUCAGUAUCUGGAAGUUUGUUCUCUCGACUCUACGAUCUGCUCCAGCAAUUAUCCAAGACAAAAGUCAUUUCGCUUCUCGAGCAUCUGGAUGUCACAGGGUGUCCGGGUUUCGAGAGAUUCUUGCCAGACUUCGAGGACUCUCACCUAGAUACCCUGAAAGUUGCCAACUUUACCCCUUCAAUGGGCGGGCUGUGGAGUCGGGUGCAUCGGCUCAAAACAAUGACCAUCGAAGCAGGAUGGAUAGAGAUAUUCCCGGCUCUGACGGCCAAUCAGUCACUAGAGAAUCUUGUGCUCUCUAAUUUGGUCCUAAUCUCGAUGCAGUCGGGUGGCGAUGACCGCGCCGAACUUUCCAACCUCCAAUGCUUGAAACUCUUCAACAUUGCAUCGGUCUCUGUGAUCACUCGCAUCGUUGUCGCACCCAAUUUGCAAGUUCUGCACUUGUUCAACAUCAGCCAUUCGUCUGACGUGCUGGAAUUUGCGCACGCCGAUCCUCUUCGAGCUUUGAGGGAGCUCCGGGUUGGAAGCUGCACUACUACCGCCAGUUCGCUGAAUAUCAUCAUCGCUGGAGCGCCUUUAUUGGAAACCCUCCAGAUAUCAGGCAUGCACGGAGUCGUUAAUGAUGUACUUGACUUCAUAUGCGGCACACGUCCAAACGAUCAGCAUCAAGACGUGUGCACCUUCUUGAAACAUGUCGACCUUUCUAGCUGCGGUGACCUACUCACCAGAAAUGCUUAUUCCCUUGUCAAGACCCGCCUGCACACUGAUCAGCCCGUCACUGUAGAUGGAGGUCAGCUCGGGUGUAAGGCCGAAAUCGAGUCCUUGCGGUUAGAUGAUUGUCCUCUUAUGGAAGCGGAGAUGCUGCCAUGGUUCAGAGGAAAAGUGAAAGUGUUUAGCUGCGUGUAUAUGACGAAAAAAGAAGGCAAACAGAGGCGUUGA